AUGGUGAAAAUCGGACCACUUAGAGAACUGGUCAUGAAUGGGUUGGAUCAAGUAAAAAUGAGGAAGGGGACUGUUUUGACGAUUGCUGGGACGAUGUCUGUGAUCUUGUUUUCAAAUUGGAUUAGUAUUGUUAAAAUCCAGAACAAAGGUGCUAAGAUUGGUACAAUGACACCCAUGGAUCAAGUUCUUUGGAGGACUCAUUUGCUUGAGGCUUCACUCAUGGGAUUCUCUUUGUAUCUUGGCUUCUUAAUUGAUCGAAUGCAUCAUCAUCUUCAAAAAUUAAUCAAUCUGAGAAAAAACGGUGGUUCAUCGAAAAAACAAGUGGAAAAGCUGGAGGCUGAAAAGUUGCAGCUAAAAGAAAACGAAGAGAAAGCAAAAGAAGAAAUCAAUCGGAUGCAAAAAGAGAUUUCCAAUCUAUCAGAAAGCUUAAAGAAGCUUAAGCUGGAGUCGAAAGAAAAAGAUAAGAAGAUUGAAGUUGCAGAAGCUCAUGUCACUUCCCUUCAGAAACAAUCUGCUGAUUUGCUUCUUGAAUAUGAUCGUCUUCUUGAAGACAAUCAAAAUCUUCAAGCCCAAACUAAAAAUCGACAAUUUAGGGGUUAGAUUUAUAUGAUCUUGUUUGUGUGGUGACCAUUGUUGUUGACUUUUUCGUGUUGGACUUGAGUUUAGAUAUGAUCUCAUGAGUCAUUUUUUGGAAACAUGGAAAUUGUAAUCUUGUUGUACACGGACGUGUUGAAUUGUUUUGCAUUUGAUUUUUGGUAUCUUGAG